AUGGCUUCCUCCGCGAACCAACAGCAACUCUUCCCACCUGUGCCUCCAUCUAUGUCCGCUGGCGAUAGUCAUGAGAUGCGAGACUACUACCCACCGCAAGAUGCACCACGACCUACAAUAAACCAGACACCAAACUUCAAACCAUACCUCGGCCUUCGAGCUAGGCUCUCACAGAUAUGGAUCAAUCGCUGGACGAUUCUACUGCUCCUAGUCCUUGUGCGACUGCUCAUCGCCAUCGCAAGCACCGACUCAAGCCUUGUUUCCGCCCGUCGGGAAGCCCUCAGUGCUUGCACCCAAGUUGAGAACAUUGCUAGCUCCAUGGCUUCCAUGCCCCACUACAUGUCCAAGGGCGUCAACGAAAUGACAGCUUCCGGGGUUGAGAAGGCAGUCAGUGGCCUCAUGCAAAUGCUCGAAAUGAGUGUCACUGGCGUCGAAGAAAUCAUCCUCUUCGUCAUUCACAUGAUGACACAAACCUACCUUUGCCUGAUCACCCUCGCUGUCAGCGGCAGUCUUCAUGCCGCAGUGGAAAUUGGCGAAGCUGUCAACAAACAACUCGACGAGACCAUCAACUCCGUUACCGACGAAAUGGGCGACGCCGUCAAGUCUGUUUCUGACGGCAUCAACUCCAUCAUGGACAAAAUCAAUUUCAAUAUUCCGGGAUUCAACAAGCCAACCAUCAAUUUGGACGAUCAGAUUAAGAAGCUCAAAGCGCUGGAGAUGCCUCCUGACAUGUCAGAGGGUCUUCAGAAGCUCAACUCGUCCAUCCCGACUUUCGCAGAGGUGCAAAACUUUACGGACUCCAUUAUCCGCCUACCUUUUGAGGAAGUCAAGAAGUUGAUCCGUGGCAUGGACACAUUCGAGUUCGACCGCUCAGUUCUUCCCGUGCCGCAGAAGGAAGCACUCACCUUCUGCUCCGAUGGCAACUCUAUCAAUUCGUUCUUUGACGACUUGAUUGAGCUUGCUUACAACGCACGCAAGAUCGCUCUCGGUGUGCUCAUUGUCGCCGCCAUCCUUGUUUGCGUUCCGAUGGCGUGGAUGGAGAUGCGCCGCUACCGGAAGAUGCAAGAACGUGCUGCUCUCUUUGGAGAGGGCCAUGAGGCUAUGGACGUUGUCUAUCUCGCGUCCCGCCCAACAUCUUCUGGCAUCGGCCUGUGGUUCGGGAGGCGCUUUGGCUCAGCUCGUCGACAAGCUGUCAUGCGCUGGGCCUGGGCCUAUGCCACCUCCAUACCCAUGAUGUUCUUAAUCUCUCUGGGCAUCGCUGGUCUUUUCGCCUGCUUUUGUCAAUAUCUCUUGCUCAAAGCCAUUGAAGACAAGACCCCAGAGCUCACGGAUCAAGUCGCUGACUUUGCCGGAAAAGUCGUUACAUCGCUCAAUAAUGCGUCCAUGUCGUGGUCUAACGGCGUCAACGGCGCCGUCGGUGACUUGGACAGCAAGAUCAACGACGACAUCUUCAGCUGGGUGAACACCAGUACGACGGCUGUCAACGAUACCCUCAAUGCGUUCGUCGAUCAGAUGAGCACCACGCUCAACGAUACGUUCGGUGGCACCGUACUCUACGACCCGAUCAAGGAAGUUCUCAACUGCCUGAUCGGCCUGAAGAUCGCUAGCUUCCAAUCUGGCCUCACUUGGGUCCAAGAGCACGCGCAUGUCCAGUUCCCUGGCGUCGCAAACGACACAUUCUCUCUUGGCGCCCUUGCUGAGAAAGGCGACUCAGACUCUGCCAGCCAACUACUCGCUGAUCCGAACGGCAAAGCAAAGGACGAGAUUACCGAAGCCGUCGAACGCGUUAUUGACAAGCUCAUGAGUGGCAUUCAAACCGAAGCGCUCAUCUCCACCGCCUUAGUCCUCAUAUGGCUCUUCAUUGCCCUCGGUGGCCUUGUCUACGCUUCCACGCAUCUCUUCCGCCGUGAUGACCCAGAACGCGGACUCAACCCUUACGUCGUCAACCCUACUCUCGACCGCGAUCCCAAAGCCAGCGUCGAUUACCCCACCACUGCGCCGCCGCAAUACGUGCCCAACGACUACAACGUCAACAAAGCAGCGCCUUACACGCUCGCACCCCGUCCCUUCUCGACAUUCGAACACAGCGGCGAUGAAAUCACGCCCGCAACAGAGAAGGUCGGCCAAGUUGGCGCACGCGCGGUGACCGAUUCCGCUCGCCCAGGACAUCUUCUCGACGCAAUAGCCACAAUGCUCUCUGCCUUUACCGCCCGGCCCAUCGUCGAGCUCAAGGCGCGCGACAAGUCGAGGAUCGAGUCCAUCCUCGCAUACGGCGACCGUGUACUCGUUGGCCUGAACACGGGUGCUCUGCGCAUCUACCGUGUGAAUGACCAGAUCGAGGAUGUAGAAGCCGACGGCAAGCAGAACGGCGACCACAACGGUGAAAGCGAGCCUCCAGCAGCACCCAAAGCCAGACCCGCCGAUCUCCUACGCGAAGAAGAGAAGUUCUCCCGGCGGCCGAUACAACAGCUGGCGAUUAUCAAAGAAGCGAAUAUCCUCGUCUCGCUGUCGGACAACUAUGUCUCGAUACACGAUAUACAGACGUACCAGCUGCAGGAGAAGCUAGAGAAGACUCGGGGUGCGACUACCUUUGCGGCGGCAAGCAACAUCGUCAAGGACCCUUCGACGGGCAUACCAUCCAUUGUGAGCCACCUGGCUGUGGCGGUGAAGCGGAAGAUCAUACUGUGGACAUGGCAGGACAUGGAGUUGACGGGCGACGCCGUGGACAUGUCGCUCAUUGCUUCUGUCAAGAGCCUGACGUGGGCGACAGGGACAAAGAUUGUCGCUGGCAUGGAUCCCGGCUUCGUCAUGGUUGACAUUGAGACGCAGGAGGUCCAAGACAUAAUCAAGCCAGGUGCGCUGGCAGAGAAUGGGAGCCAGGGCGGAGCACGUUUCGGCGCUGUCUCGUCGUCAGGCAUGGGAUACAUGGGCAUGGGAAGCUGGGUGCCCAAACCCCUCGCGACACGACUCGGAGAGGGCGAAUUGUUGCUGGCCAAGGACGUAAACAGCCUGUUCAUCGACACAGACGGAAAUGCCCUCGAGAAACGACAGGUGCCCUGGCAGUCUGCCCCUGAGACAAUCGCGUAUUCGUACCCGUAUAUGCUCACGCUGCUGCCACCGUCCAAGGGUAGUCUGGAAGUCAGGAAUCCGGAUACGCUGAACUUGCUACAGAUGAUCUCACUACCAAACGUCAGCUUCCUUCACGUGCCGCAGCCCAACAUCAGUCUAGCCCACGCCGGGAAGGGUUUCCUCGUUGCGAGCGAUCGAUGUAUAUGGCGGAUGGGAGCGCAGAGCUACGAAACACAGAUUGAUGAGCUCGUCGCCAACGGGCGCUACGAUGAGUCGCUAAGUCUGCUGAAUAUGCUCGAAGACACUCUGCUCCUUGAUAAAGAGGAGAGGGUUCGGGAGAUACAAAUCCUGAAGGCCCAGGCCUUGUUCGACCAGAAGAAGUACCGUGAAGCCAUGGAACUCUUCGUCGACGCCAAAGCACCGCCUGAGCGCGUCAUCGCCAUGUACCCCCGAUCCAUCGCUGGCAAUCUAGCGCCGGAAGAAAGCGUAAAGGGCGACGGAAGCGUAGCCGACGAGGAAGAAACCAACGGAGAAAAGCCCACCAAAGAACAAGAAGAAAGCACACCCGCCCCUGUAGCUACCAUCGGCCGAUCAAUGAUGGGUCGUUUCGGCGUUGGAGGACACAAGAAAGUCGAUUCGGACACGGCUUCCAUACGCACCACCUCGGCCAAAGACGACACCAUGGAGACUGCCAGCAUCCGGAAGAGACCAACAGACCCCUCGUCCCAGCCAGAUAAACCCGCCGCCGCUGAAAAAGAGUUCAAAGACUCUGUUCGCGCGCUACAGUCGUUUCUUACUCAAUGUCGCGUCCAGAUUAAACGGUAUAUAGACACGGAUGGUAAUCUGAAGGAGCCUCUCCCUACGCCCAGUGGCAGUCAGCUCGAAGCUGAUAAACCACCCUUCCACAUUUUCAUCGAAGAGUCCUCCCUCACGUCUCCCAUAGACUGGAAAGCCAAGCUCCUUGAUGUCGCUCAGCUCGUCGACACAACGCUCUUUCGCGCGUACAUGAUUGCAAAUCCCAGUGUCGCAGGCUCUCUAUUCCGUCUCCCCAACUUCUGCGAACCAGACGUUGUGCAGGAGAAAUUGUACGAGACGGGGCGGUAUGCUGAUUUGAUUGAUUUCCUGCAUGGCAAGAAAUUGCAUCGGCAAGCUCUGGAGCUUCUCGAGAAAUUCGGCAAGAACGAGGCGGACGAAGAGGUAAGUCCGCAGUUGCAAGGCCCGACUAGGACGGUGGGCUAUCUACAAGCAUUGCCGCCAGAGCUUAUCGAUCUUAUCCUGGAAUACGCGGAAUGGCCAUUGAGGAUUGACCCGAAGUUGGGCAUGGAAGUCUUCCUCGCUGAUACACAGAAUGCGGAGGAGCUGCCGAGGGACCGUGUCCUCGAGUUUCUUCAAAAGAUUGAUACAAGACUUGCGGUCAGAUACCUGGAACAUAUCAUCGAAGAGCUCAACGAUCUUAACGUGGACUUUCAUCAGAGACUUGUUGAUCUACUCCUCGAAAGGCUCAAAAGUGGGGAAUUUGACAAUGAUGAGGAAAAGAUGGAUUGGAAGCACAGGCUUGAGGUUUUCCUGAAGAAGGGGAAUGCGCAGUACAACCGGUAUAGGGUGUUUCAGCAGUUGCCUGGGAAUGAUCCGGAUUACUACGAAGCUCGAGCCAUCGUCCUGAGCAAAAUGGGAUCGCAUAAGCAAGCCCUGGCAAUCUAUGUCUUCCAAUUGAAGGACUACCAAAAAGCUGAAGAAUACUGCAACCAGGUCUACACGGCACCACCGACCACACCCACGUCGCCCAACUUGUCUCACUCCCAAUCCCCUCCAGCAACAAGAGGCUCAAUCGAAGACACGGAGCUAUCCAUCUACCACGUCCUGCUCUCCCUCUACUUGCAACCCCCUCCGCCGCACCAACCAAACUGGCCCCCAGCUCUCGACCUCCUCUCGAAACAUGGCGCAAGACUGCCUGCAGCAACUACUCUGGAUUUGAUCCCCCCGACUCUGCCCGUCAAAGACCUCGAAUCCUACUUCUUCGGGCGGAUUCGAAAUGCAAACUCGCUCUUGAACGAAGAGAGGAUAGUCGCGCAGCUCCGCGGCGUGGAAAAGGUCGCUGUGGAAUCGGCCGUGUUGCUCGGCCCAGAGAGUAAGAGGGACAUGUACGGUAGGAGCGUGCCUGGGGGGUUGAACAGGCGUGUCGUUAUCGAUGAGGAUAGGCAUUGUGCGUGCUCAAUCUUCAUCGACGACUUCUUCUCCAUACGUCUCCUCGUCUUUUGCGUCGUCGGCGGCCUUGUCGUCGGCCAUUUUUCGAGUGAGGAAUUCGUUGACGUCUUUUUGGAGGGUCCGGAGAGAUGA